GCCUGAACCCGUUCGCGCCUCAUUCGCUGCAACGAACCUCGAAACACGACGCGUACCCAGCAGCCAGCAGCCAGCAGCCAGCACCCAGCACCAGUUCCGAUCGCAUCAAAGUGCUCGCUCCUUCCGUGUACAAGUGAAUUUUGUUUGACAAAUGAAUCGCAAUUCUGUCGCAGAGAAUCCUUAUUGAGUGCACACAGAGAUUAACAAUCGAAACGGUAGCUCAAGCCAUACAAAGCGAGACCCCAAAUACGCUGAAUACAUGUGCUCCAAGGCUUUGCUGCUCCUGGCCGCCAUGCUGGCUAUGCGCUGCUUUGGCAGCGACUCUUCCAGGCGGACGCUUGCAUUGGCCUGCGAGGAGGUGGAUGUCACAGAAGUGGAGGACCCAGACGUGAACGGGGCUGAAGCUAUCGUCGCGCUCGAAAACAAUAGAUAUAGCAGUAAAAACAACAACUACAACUACGCGUUUGGCGACGUUGAUGGCAUUGCGGAUAGCAACGACAACGAGCAGAACAAUGACAACUAUAACUACAACUACCACUACAACAAAGCAGCGGCCAAAUGGCAGCACCAGGCGGCGCUCCUACAGCAACAGAAGCUCUACGGAAAUCCCAUUCACAGCAUAUACGACUUCAGUCGAAGCCAGCCACAGCCGCAGCAACAGCAACAACAGCAACAGCAACAACAGCGGCGUGUGGGCAGGUUGGUUGUCGAGCACCAAAACCCGGAGCAGGACCAGGAACAGGACAGCGACAACAGCAGCAGCAAAAACAAUGGCGACAGCAGCAGCCAGCCGCAACAAGAGGAAUUGUUGCUGGAGCGACGGAGUCGCAUCAGUCGCAGGCAGCCAGAGGCGGGUCAGCAGCAGCUUUAUGACAACGAAUAUGCAGCAGCUGUUGAAGCUGGUGCCCCCGAUGCCCAUGUCGACGUUGAGGGCGAAGAGGACUAUGCCGUGGCGGCCGAGGGCCAGGACGUGGACGAGGACGCGGAUGAGCUGAGUGAACAGCUGCCCUACGGCAUUCAGAAUGUGCGCAAGCGUCGCGUUCGCAGCGUUAUGCCGCCCGCCCAACAGCUGCUGGCUCCUGGCCCCAACAGUGACGAGGUAACCUAUCAGUCGCUGUGCCCCACCAAUCGAGUCACCGUCAAGCUGGACAGCGGCGAGUACCGUCCCAAUCAUUACGUGGAGGUCACCUGUGCCCACAACUACGCCCCGCAGCCGCCUCGGGUCCACAACUAUGACUACGUCUACAGGGGCAACGAUCUGCUGCGGGCCCUGCUCGCGGAGCGGGGCGAGAAGCGUGAGAUAUGCUCGGCGAUAGGCUUCGCUUGCAUCCAGCUCAACCGCACCAUCCACCUGAUUCGGUUAAACGAUGCCUCCGGCUGCUGGGAGUCCGAGACCCGAACGGUGCCCUCCGGCUGUGAGUGCAUGUGGCCCAAGCACAGCUACGGCGACAUUGGCUUCUACCACCAGACGCAGAAGCGGGGACGCGGGGGUGUACGCGGACGUGUCGCUCCCAACCUUGACUACAAGCCAGGCGUGGGCUAUCGCCAGCUGACGGUGCGAGCCCGGAGUCCCAAAGCCGGGCCACGCAGUCGACGCGAUGAUUUUGGCUACGAGAGCUACGAUUAUUAGUGGCGCAAGGCAGUGCCAGCCGGUGCAAGGAGCAGGGAGUGGGAGGGUGUGCCAAGCACAUGCAGAGGAUACCCAACUGGAUUUGUGGCGGCAGAUUAGCAACCAAGUUGGAGCCGCAUAAAUUAUUUUCGCUUUAGUUUAGCCGUAAUGAGAAGAGCCCUUGGUAGUUCAGAUAAUUGUAAUGAAAUAUUAAUAAACAACUACAAUGGAGCAACAAUGGAGCGAGCUAAU